UUGUCCCUCUGCGGCUCCCGUAGUUAUUAUGAUGGUAAAAUGGCUGCUUCUAUUGACAACGAUUUAAUUGACGGUGAUUUGCCCAAAGCCGUGCAGUUGCUGACUAGUCUCACGGAGCAGGUGGCUGCAGUCACAGGCCAUGUCCGUGAGCUGCUGCAGAAAGUCCAGGACGGAGCGUUUAACACCUCGAAGGGUUUGUCCUUCUUGGAUCUCCGUUAUCACCUGCUGCUCUUCUACCUGCAAGACCUCACCCACCUGAUCAGCAUCAAAACUGAGGGAGGCCAAAUCAAGGAGAGCGCAGCCCUGAACAGAGUGGUCACCAUCAGGACGGUCCUGGAGAAGAUGCGACCCCUUGAUCACAAACUGAAGUACCAGAUUGAUAAACUGGUGCGCACAGCUGUCACGGGCAGCCUGGCUGAAAAUGAUCCAUUGCAGCUGCGUCCUAAUCCUGACAACCUCGUGAGCAAACUGAGUGAAUCAGAGGGGUCUGAAGAUGAGGCCGGCACCAAGGCAGUUUCUGAGAAGAAAGCAGCCCCCUCUAGUGGCAGGAAAUAUGUACCUCCAAGGAUUGCCCCAAUGCAUUAUGACGGCGACAUGACCGAGGCAGACAGGAAGAAGGAGCAGGCGGAGCGUCAGCGGCGGCUGGCCCUGCGCAGCUCUCUGAUCCAGGAGCUGCGGCAGCAGUACAGCGACGCCCCGGACGAGAUCAGGGAGCGACGAGACUUCCAGACAGAGCGGGAGAGCCGUGAGGAGCUGCACAGGAAAAACUAUGAGGAGUCCAUGAUGGUGCGUCUGAACAUGCCAAAGAGUCAGAAGAGCGCCAAGAAGAGAGGCAUGAUGGGAAUGUCUGGCCAGCUGAGCGGUAUCACGCACUUCAGUGACAUCACGGCUCUGACGGGCGGCGAGGGGGGGCAGGAUGGGGAUAAUCCUCGUCCCAAGAAAAAGAAGAAACUCAUGAAGAAGAAAACCAAAAGGAGAGCUUUCAAGAAGCACAGAUAGAUGUGGAGCGAGGUGUCCCGGGUUAAUAGAAGACCGACAGCAGCCAGCCAGCAUCCUGUUGGUUUGUCCGGCAGAAAUAUUUUAUACAUGAUUUUAAUUACCCAGAGAAAAACCCAUUGUACCAGAAAAAUUCUCUACCGUCUGUAUACAGUUAAUGUUUUUCAGUUUGUGGAAUAGAAAAAAAAAUCCUGUUUCUUGUGUUGUAUUGUUUCCUUAAUCUGCACCAUAGUCCAGGCAAUUGACAUUCUUGUCAGAGGCAGGAUGUCUGGACAGUUAAUUAGCAGAGGAAAAAAUAAAUUGUGAGGAAAAUGUU